AUGGCUACCCUCUCUGCCGAAUCAAUCUCUCAAAUUAAAAAGCUUGCUGCUGAAGCUACAAAGGACCCCGUCUCAAACAUUCCAGGUGUCUCCAUCGCUAUCAUUAACAAAAAUGGUGAUCUUCUCUUAGAACAUGCAGCCGGCCAACAAGGUGCUACCACAACUAAACCAAUGACUACUGACAAUACUUUUUGGAUUGCUUCCUGCACUAAAGUUUCUGCUACCAUUGUUGCCCUCCAAGCUGUCGAAAAGGGUCUUGUGUCCCUCGAUUCUGCUGACGAUGUUGAAAAAUGGUGCCCAGAACUUGCAAAUAUCCCCAUUAUUAAGGACAUUGCCGAAGAUGGAUCAAUCACCCUAGUCCCUAAAACUAACCGUAUCACCCUCCGUCAUCUCCUCACUCACACAGCUGGCUUUUCAUACGCAUUCUUUAACAAAAAUUACAAUGAGUACGCUAAACUCUUUGGAGUCGACGAACUCACUGGUGGCCCAGGAUGCACAAAUAAGUUCCCCCUUAUUUUUGAACCUGGUACUAACUGGAGUUAUGGUGUCGGCAUUGACUGGGCCAUUGAUGUCGUUUCCCGUGCCUCUGGAAAAUCUUUCCAACACCUCCUAGAAGAGGGUAUCUUCAAACCCCUCGGAUUUACUCUCGUAUCUACUACCCCAUGCAAAAAUAUUAAAGACCGUCUGGUUAAGAUGCACCAGCGUGAUACUGAAACUGGUAAACUCACUGAAAUUGACCACCCUAUUUGGUGGCCCCUAAGUGACAAGCCUGAUAUUGCUUCCCAGGCAUACCAAUCUGGUGGAGCUGGAAUUUUCGCAAAGCCUGCUGAAUACGUUCGUGUUUUUGCUGCUCUUCUUAAUAAUGGUGUUUAUGCCCCCACUGGUGCUCGUCUUCUUCAAGAGUCUACUGUAAAGCUCAUGUUUGAAAACCAGAUUCCUCAAUGGCCAGAUUUUGCUCGUGCUGGUAUCCCUGCUAUCCAACCAAAUGUUACUCAUCCUCUUCCUGAAAUCUUCCCUCAAGAGGGUAAUCCUCCUCAAGGUUGGGGUCUAUCAUUCUUCCUGACUCCAACUGAAACUCCCUAUGGUCGUGGUAAAAAUACUGCCUUUUGGUGUGGCAUUGCCAACCUCUACUACUGGAUCGACGUGGAAAAGGGUGUUGCUGGCUUUGUUGCCGCUCAAUUAUACCCCUUUGCCGAUCCCCAAGUUAUGAAUCUGUGGAUUGGAGUUGAAGCUGCUACUUAUAGCGGUUUGACUAAUUAG